GGCGCCAAUGAGCCGGCGUUUAUGAACACUUCCGGUACAAAAGAAGCGGCUGUGAGACGGACAGUAGCUAACGUAAGCCUCCACAGUGUGUUUAUUCGACUUAAUUAUUUUUUUACUCUACUAAAAUGUUUGAGGCCGGAAAUCUGUCGCUGACACGCACGCGAGCUUCACGCUAACGGUAGGAGCCACAGUGACGAAGAGAGAGGUGCUAACGGCUAAAAGUGAACUGCUAAGAGGAGCAGUGACGGUGACAGCGGAAGCUAACAGUUUAUUGCUAACAGAUGCUCCAGCGUCUCCUAUGCUAAAGGAAGCAAGAUCCCUGUUCCCCUAUGAACAAGGAUCAGAUGGAUUCAUACACACCUGGCUGAGGUGCAGGUACCUGAGCUGUUUCUCUGGUCUCCAUCCUCACCUGUGCCGUGAAGGUGAAUCAUUAAGUCAGAGAUGAGCAGCUCUGUUCAGAGGAAGAGGCGGAGCACACAAAGUCCCCCGGUUUCUAGACACAACGCCAAGAGCGGGAGAGCUGCGAGUACCAGGAGGACGGCGAACGCCGACAGUGAUCCCACCCCCCCAACAGAGACCAUUGACGUGGUGGACGGUGAGGAGGAGGUGGUCGUGGAUCUCACCUGUGAGAGUGGAGCAGAAGCUGCUGUGGUCGACCUGACUACCAACAAUGACUCUGUGCUGCUGGUGGAUGAGGGUCCUCAGAACUGGAGACCACCUGUACAGAGUUAUCUUGUUAGCAGCGAUGAAGAUGAAGACACACCCCCCGUCCUCAGUGCCACCCUCCUGCCACCGACAAACACCUCCAGGUCAACUCCAGGGACAAUCAGCUGUCCUGUGUGUCUGGACGGAUACUCAGAGAUCGUUGGGAGCGGCCGAUUGGUCGUGUCCACCCGUUGUGGUCACGUGUUCUGCAGUCAGUGUUUGAGAGACUCUCUGACAUCAUCACACACCUGUCCCACCUGCAGGAAGAGACUUACUCACCGCCAGUACCACCCCCUGUACAUCUGACAUCACUCUGAGACCACAGCUGAGUCCUGCUGCCAUUGGACCACAGGCCAUGAUGUUGAUAUUAUUUGCUGCUGAAUUGUAUUUUUUUCUUUUUUGUGUGUGCGCCUCUGUUUGGACAUUAAAGUGUUCAGUCAUAGCUGGUAAACAUUAUGGAUUAAUGAUUCAUGUGUAUUGAUUUGUUUGUUAAAGCUGAAAUAAAUUUUGAUUUGUUUCACUCAUUGAUCAGCUGAUGGAUCUACAAAGUUACGGCAGUAAUGUGGAGGAAAAAUACUGCACAAUGUACUUUCUGUAAUCAGAGUACAGGAAGUACUCACACACGCACAGCACUGUUUUAGUCUGACUGUGUGUGUGUGUGUGUGUUGGGGAGGGUGCUUGCACUGAUGAAUCAUGGGUAGUGGAUCUUAGUCUUGUGACUCUGCGUCACCGUCUCCUGUCUGCAGUGACUCAGAGUCAGCUGCCUGAAGAGUUGCUGCUGAUUGGCCGAGGCUGCCAGAAAAACAGAUAAGUUUAAUAGACAUGAAUACAAACGCGUCAAAGAUCAAUAAAUCAGUCAGACCUAAGAACUUGGACACUCGUUCUGAAGUUUAAAACUUUAUUUAAAAUGUUUACUGGGUGUUUUUAGAGAUAAAGGUUAAGUUAUCAGUUGAAAGGUUUUAUUGUCCAGAUCUCAGGAUCAGGUUUAAAACGCUUCAGUCACGUGACCAUGAGCAUAUCUUUGGUUUUGAUUGGAGAGUAAGCAGCAGAGCCAGAAUGAUUGAUUUAUUAAUCCAAACCCCGUCAGCUGUGAGCUCUGAUCAGUCCGCCUGAUUAUUGAUGAUCAGUUUCAUGUCGAAAGCCUGCUCUGUGAUCAGGUAUUGAAACCGUCUUGUAACGAUGACUUUGCGAUAUUUUAUUAUGAACUUUAAACAGGUCACAUGACUCAGGGAAAGUACCUCAUUGGAAAGCCGUCGAGUCAUUCCUCGGCUGCCAUUGGUCCUGUGGGCGGGACUCUGAGAAAAAGCCAAUAGAAGGCCGAAUCUGUGUUUACUUCCCUGACGUCACAUACGUCGUUUCCCACGUCUGUCGCGGAAGUAAACAUAAAGCAGAGCGAGAGAUUUCAAAGUGCGUCACAAACUCACCAACUCCUGGACCUGGACACCUCUCAGCGGACAUAGACAGAGAUAAACCCGGCCUCCGGUUGACUAUCAGCGAACAACACGCAGACAUACACCCAGCCUCCGGUUGACGAUCAGCGGA